CCGGAUAAACAAAAUUUGUUGCGAGACUAUAAUUUUAUUUGGCGCGAGAUAUCCCAUGUUGUAUUUCAUUGUAUAAAGAGUCGGUUAUUAGCCGUUUUAAUAUUUUGUGUAUUAUACAUUCAUGAUGACGGAGAAAGAAGAAGGAGCAGUUAUAUCUGAAGGUUAUGAUGAUGCAGUGGAGGAGAGAGUUAUUAAUGAAGAAUAUAAAAUAUGGAAGAAAAAUACACCCUUUCUGUAUGAUUUGGUUAUGACCCAUGCAUUGGAAUGGCCUAGUUUAACAGCCCAGUGGUUACCAGAUGUUUCAAGACCUAGUGACAAGGACUACUCUCUACACCGACUUAUUUUAGGCACACACACAUCAGAUGAACAAAACCAUCUCCUGAUAGCCAGUGUCCAGCUACCAAAUGAUAAUGUUCAGUUUGAUGCAUCACAUUAUGACAGUGAAAAAGGGGAAUUUGGAGGUUUCGGAUCGGUCAGUGGAAAAAUUGAAAUAGAAAUCAAAAUUAAUCAUGAAGGAGAAGUCAACAGAGCCAGAUCAAUGCCACAGAAUCCAUUUAUUCUAGCAACAAAAACACCAUCAUGUGAUGUAUUAUUGUUUGAUUACUCUAAACAUCCUUCGAAACCAGAUCCAAGUGGAGAAUGUCAUCCCGAAUUACGUCUUAAAGGUCAUCAAAAGGAAGGGUAUGGUUUAUCAUGGAACCCAAAUUUAAAUGGACAUUUACUCAGUGCUUCAGAUGAUCAUACGAUAUGUUUAUGGGAUAUUAAUGCUGCACCUAAAGACAAUAGAACAGUUGAUGCUUUAACAAUCUUUACAGGCCAUACAUCAGUAGUUGAGGAUGUGGCGUGGCAUUUGUUACAUGAAAGUUUGUUUGGUUCAGUAGCAGAUGAUCAGAAAUUAAUGAUAUGGGACACAAGAUCGAAUAAUACAAGUAAACCAAGUCAUACAGUUGAUGCUCAUACAGCAGAAGUAAACUGUUUAUCAUUUAAUCCUUAUAGUGAGUUUAUACUGGCUACUGGUUCUGCUGACAAGACGGUGGCUUUAUGGGAUUUGAGAAAUUUGAAGUUAAAACUGCACUCAUUUGAAUCUCAUAAAGAUGAAAUAUUUCAGGUACAAUGGUCUCCCCAUAAUGAAACUAUUUUAGCAUCUAGUGGUACUGAUAGAAGAUUACAUGUAUGGGAUCUUAGUAAAAUUGGUGAAGAACAAUCAGCUGAAGAUGCAGAAGAUGGUCCUCCAGAACUAUUGUUUAUCCAUGGUGGACAUACUGCUAAAAUAUCUGAUUUCUCCUGGAAUCCAAAUGAACCAUGGGUAAUAUGUUCUGUAUCAGAAGAUAAUAUCAUGCAAGUGUGGCAGAUGGCUGAAAAUAUAUAUAAUGAUGAAGAACCAGAUACACAAGCUUGUGAACUUGAGGCUUCAGCAUCUUAAAAUAAUGUGCUAUAAUUCAGUCAUCAUCAUCAUCGUCAUCAUCAUUUUAUCUUAUUAAAUCAUAUUUAAGCUUAUUUGUUAAAUACUAAGAGUUCUGAGAAAGACUUUGUUUCCUGGAAAAUAUCUAAAUCGCACGUUGGACAUUUGUGUUUCAUUACCAUUUGAAGCACCAGAAUCGUUGUUGGUAAUUCUGAAAAGUAAUCAGUAAUAGAAGUCUGUACAAGAACUUUUAAACUGAAAAAAUUAUAUUGUGUUACAAGACAUACUGGCUGUUUUCUUUGUGUAUAUCCUUUUUAUUAUCUACUAUCUAUCUUAAAUUGUAUCUACAAUCUAUAUAAUACUUGCUUUAUUCGUGCUUAGCUCUACCAUUUGUUUAAAAUAAACAUUUCUUGUGUCA